AUGGACACGAAACGGACACAAAAACCCACCGUCAAUGUAGUGAAGAAGGCAAGCAGAAGAAGGCAAGCAGAAGAAGGCAAGCAGAAGAAGGCAAGCAGAAGAAGGCAAGCAGAAGAAGGCAAGCAGAAGAAGGCAAGCAGAAGAAGGCAAGCAGAAGAAGGCAAGCAGAAGAAGGCAAGCAGAAGAAGGCAAGCAGAAGAAGGCAAGCAGAAGAAGGCAAGCAGAAGAAGGCAAGCAGAAGAAGGCAAGCAGAAGAAGGCAAGCAGAAGAAGGCAAGCAGAAGAAGGCAAGCAGAAGAAGGCAAGCAGAAGAAGGCAAGCAGAAGAAGGCAAGCAGAAGAAGGCAAGCAGAAGAAGGCAAGCAGAAGAAGGCAAGCAGAAGAAGGCAAGCAGAAGAAGGCAAGCAGAAGAAGGCAAGCAGAAGAAGGCAAGCAGAAGAAGGCAAGCAGAAGAAGGCAAGCAGAAGAAGGCAAGCAGAAGAAGGCAAGCAGAAGAAGGCAAGCAGAAGAAGGCAAGCAGAAGAAGGCAAGCAGAAGAAGGCAAGCAGAAGAAGGCAAGCAGAAGAAGGCAAGCAGAAGAAGGCAAGCAGAAGAAGGCAAGCAGAAGAAGGCAAGCAGAAGAAGGCAAGCAGAAGAAGGCAAGCAGAAGAAGGCAAGCAGAAGAAGGCAAGCAGAAGAAGGCAAGCAGAAGAAGGCAAGCAGAAGAAGGCAAGCAGAAGAAGGCAAGCAGAAGAAGGCAAGCAGAAGAAGGCAAGCAGAAGAAGGCAAGCAGAAGAAGGCAAGCAGAAGAAGGCAAGCAGAAGAAGGCAAGCAGAAGAAGGCAAGCAGAAGAAGGCAAGCAGAAGAAGGCAAGCAGAAGAAGGCAAGCAGAAGAAGGCAAGCAGAAGAAGGCAAGCAGAAGAAGGCAAGCAGAAGAAGGCAAGCAGAAGAAGGCAAGCAGAAGAAGGCAAGCAGAAGAAGGCAAGCAGAAGAAGGCAAGCAGAAGAAGGCAAGCAGAAGAAGGCAAGCAGAAGAAGGCAAGCAGAAGAAGGCAAGCAGAAGAAGGCAAGCAGAAGAAGGCAAGCAGAAGAAGGCAAGCAGAAGAAGGCAAGCAGAAGAAGGCAAGCAGAAGAAGGCAAGCAGAAGAAGGCAAGCAGAAGAAGGCAAGCAGAAGAAGGCAAGCAGAAGAAGGCAAGCAGAAGAAGGCAAGCAGAAGAAGGCAAGCAGAAGAAGGCAAGCAGAAGAAGGCAAGCAGAAGAAGGCAAGCAGAAGAAGGCAAGCAGAAGAAGGCAAGCAGAAGAAGGCAAGCAGAAGAAGGCAAGCAGAAGAAGGCAAGCAGAAGAAGGCAAGCAGAAGAAGGCAAGCAGAAGAAGGCAAGCAGAAGAAGGCAAGCAGAAGAAGGCAAGCAGAAGAAGGCAAGCAGAAGAAGGCAAGCAGAAGAAGGCAAGCAGAAGAAGGCAAGCAGAAGAAGGCAAGCAGAAGAAGGCAAGCAGAAGAAGGCAAGCAGAAGAAGGCAAGCAGAAGAAGGCAAGCAGAAGAAGGCAAGCAGAAGAAGGCAAGCAGAAGAAGGCAAGCAGAAGAAGGCAAGCAGAAGAAGGCAAGCAGAAGAAGGCAAGCAGAAGAAGGCAAGCAGAAGAAGGCAAGCAGAAGAAGGCAAGCAGAAGAAGGCAAGCAGAAGAAGGCAAGCAGAAGAAGGCAAGCAGAAGAAGGCAAGCAGAAGAAGGCAAGCAGAAGAAGGCAAGCAGAAGAAGGCAAGCAGAAGAAGGCAAGCAGAAGAAGGCAAGCAGAAGAAGGCAAGCAGAAGAAGGCAAGCAGAAGAAGGCAAGCAGAAGAAGGCAAGCAGAAGAAGGCAAGCAGAAGAAGGCAAGCAGAAGAAGGCAAGCAGAAGAAGGCAAGCAGAAGAAGGCAAGCAGAAGAAGGCAAGCAGAAGAAGGCAAGCAGAAGAAGGCAAGCAGAAGAAGGCAAGCAGAAGAAGGCAAGCAGAAGAAGGCAAGCAGAAGAAGGCAAGCAGAAGAAGGCAAGCAGAAGAAGGCAAGCAGAAGAAGGCAAGCAGAAGAAGGCAAGCAGAAGAAGGCAAGCAGAAGAAGGCAAGCAGAAGAAGGCAAGCAGAAGAAGGCAAGCAGAAGAAGGCAAGCAGAAGAAGGCAAGCAGAAGAAGGCAAGCAGAAGAAGGCAAGCAGAAGAAGGCAAGCAGAAGAAGGCAAGCAGAAGAAGGCAAGCAGAAGAAGGCAAGCAGAAGAAGGCAAGCAGAAGAAGGCAAGCAGAAGAAGGCAAGCAGAAGAAGGCAAGCAGAAGAAGGCAAGCAGAAGAAGGCAAGCAGAAGAAGGCAAGCAGAAGAAGGCAAGCAGAAGAAGGCAAGCAGAAGAAGGCAAGCAGAAGAAGGCAAGCAGAAGAAGGCAAGCAGAAGAAGGCAAGCAGAAGAAGGCAAGCAGAAGAAGGCAAGCAGAAGAAGGCAAGCAGAAGAAGGCAAGCAGAAGAAGGCAAGCAGAAGAAGGCAAGCAGAAGAAGGCAAGCAGAAGAAGGCAAGCAGAAGAAGGCAAGCAGAAGAAGGCAAGCAGAAGAAGGCAAGCAGAAGAAGGCAAGCAGAAGAAGGCAAGCAGAAGAAGGCAAGCAGAAGAAGGCAAGCAGAAGAAGGCAAGCAGAAGAAGGCAAGCAGAAGAAGGCAAGCAGAAGAAGGCAAGCAGAAGAAGGCAAGCAGAAGAAGGCAAGCAGAAGAAGGCAAGCAGAAGAAGGCAAGCAGAAGGAGAAGUGGGCAAGGGAGAAGUGGGCAAGGGAGAAGUGGGCAAGGGAGAAGUGGGCAAGGGAGAAGUGGGCAAGGGAGAAGUGGGCAAGGGAGAAGUGGGCAAGGGAGAAGUGGGCAAGGGAGAAGUGGGCAAGGGAGAAGUGGGCAAGGGAGAAGUGGGCAAGGGAGAAGUGGGCAAGGGAGAAGUGGGCAAGGGAGAAGUGGGCAAGGGAGAAGUGGGCAAGGGAGAAGUGGGCAAGGGAGAAGUGGGCAAGGGAGAAGUGGGCAAGGGAGAAGUGGGCAAGGGAGAAGUGGGCAAGGGAGAAGUGGGCAAGGGAGAAGUGGGCAAGGGAGAAGUGGGCAAGGGAGAAGUGGGCAAGGGAGAAGUGGGCAAGGGAGAAGUGGGCAAGGGAGAAGUGGGCAAGGGAGAAGUGGGCAAGGGAGAAGUGGGCAAGGGAGAAGUGGGCAAGGGAGAAGUGGGCAAGGGAGAAGUGGGCAAGGGAGAAGUGGGCAAGGGAGAAGUGGGCAAGGGAGAAGUGGGCAAGGGAGAAGUGGGCAAGGGAGAAGUGGGCAAGGGAGAAGUGGGCAAGGGAGAAGUGGGCAAGGGAGAAGUGGGCAAGGGAGAAGUGGGCAAGGGAGAAGUGGGCAAGGGAGAAGUGGGCAAGGGAGAAGUGGGCAAGGGAGAAGUGGGCAAGGGAGAAGUGGGCAAGGGAGAAGUGGGCAAGGGAGAAGUGGGCAAGGGAGAAGUGGGCAAGGGAGAAGUGGGCAAGGGAGAAGUGGGCAAGGGAGAAGUGGGCAAGGGAGAAGUGGGCAAGGGAGAAGUGGGCAAGGGAGAAGAGGGCAAGGGAGAAGAGGGCAAGGGAGAAGUGGGCAAGGGAGAAGAGGGCAAGGGAGAAGAGGGCAAGGGAGAAGAGGGCAAGGGAGAAGAGGGCAAGGGAGAAGAGGGCAAGGGAGAAGAGGGCAAGGGAGAAGAGGGAGUGUAUAAAUUAUCAGGACCAUGA